UGGCUUCGAUGAAUAAGUCAAUCUGAACCUUAUGGACUGCAAGCUGCCAUAGUUAAAAAUACUGGAGUCACAGUAGACGUUUUCAAGAGGUGCUAUCGUCUGCUGUCUCCCCUGUGCCUCGCCUUCGAGAUACGCAACUUUAAAAAUAAUUUUAAGUAGAUGCUGCCGUUUGACUGUUGAAGUUAGAACUACUUCUGCCUGUCAUGGAUAAACGGUCUUUCCGCCCGAGCUAGAUUUAUUCGUGUGGCGCCAAGUUUCCAAUUUUGUUUGUGUUUUCGUGUCUGUCAGGUUUGUUGUUCUGCAAGCGUGAGGAGCCUGUCGAGUAGAGUCGACGCCCCUUUACACACUCACACUUGUGUGUGCAUUGGAUCAGCCAUCAUGCAGACGAUCAAGUGUGUUGUGGUGGGAGACGGAGCCGUGGGUAAAACAUGCCUCCUCAUCUCAUACACAACUAACAAGUUUCCCUCAGAGUAUGUCCCCACAGUUUUUGAUAACUAUGCUGUGACAGUUAUGAUUGGUGGAGAACCUUACACUUUAGGGCUUUUUGAUACUGCUGGUCAGGAAGAUUACGAUAGGCUGAGGCCUCUCAGUUAUCCACAGACAGAUGUAUUUCUUGUAUGUUUCUCUGUAGUUUCACCUUCAUCUUUUGAAAAUGUUAAAGAAAAGUGGGUUCCAGAAAUUACUCAUCACUGUCAAAAAACACCAUUUUUGCUAGUUGGUACCCAGAUAGAUUUGAGAGAUGAUGUUGCCACAACAGAAAAACUGGCAAAAAACAAGCAAAAGCCCAUUUCUUUCGAACAGGGUGAAAAAUUGGCAAAAGAAUUAAAGGCUGUGAAAUACGUUGAGUGUUCAGCACUAACUCAGAAAGGGUUGAAGAAUGUCUUUGAUGAAGCAAUUCUUGCUGCUUUGGAGCCUCCAGAACUUGAAAAAAAGAGAAAGUGUGUGUUAUUGUAGGCUGGUAACUUUUGGUGACUGUACCAAUGGGCCAUGCUCACUUUGAGGUUAAUGCCUACUUUGUCAUCCAUCCCCAAUUCCCAUCCCCCCUUAUUCCCCCGCAUCAAAAUAAUUUUGUAUUUUAUUAUUAGUAGAUGUCGUAUUUUGGGUCAACCAAUUAAAUUUAACCCUUUGCAAAAGUAUUGUGGGCAUUGGAGACCACAAAAUCUCCAUAAUCUAAUCAGAUCUACAUAACUUGCAAUUUAUGCAAAGCAGUACGUUGGUAUUUAUAGAGGAAUGUUGAAGGAGGGAUACAUUUUUGUACACUUUUUAAUACUAAAUCGCCACAAAUUUUGUUUCUGAGAAUUAUUAUGUAUUGUGAGACAGUCUCUCAACCUUUGUUUAACUAACAAUUUGAAAUGAAGAUGAGCAUUAUAUAUUUUAUGUUCUGCUGUCCAAAUUUUCUAAAAUUUUUGUAUGUUUAAUAUCCUUGUCCCUCCUUGCCGCCUCUGUUCCGUUAUUUCCAGCAUCCUUAAAGGGAGCGCUGAGCACAAACAGCAAUGUGACUGCUUGACUGACUGAGAUGAUUUUUUUCGUUUCACUUAUGUCAAGGUUCCUUUCAAGAUGUGACUGUGAAUAGGAAUUCGUUAAAACUGAAGGCUAUUUAUUUUUUAAAUAAGACUAAAAGAAAAAAAAAGAAUCUGGAUCCUACGAGGAGGAAUUUUUCUGCAUUUCAAUUUGUUACGUGAUUCAAAAAGCUUCCUUUUCUGCCAUCUUAGUGUAUUCUGUUAAAGACUUUUUGGUUGGCCAGCGAGAUUGUUGACUGAAAGUCUUGUAUACCAAGGUUUGAACUCGACUAUCUCGCUGUGCCCUUUUUUAAUGGGCUGAGUGGUGUGUAAUUUGAUGCUAGUUGGCUUACAGAGCCUUGUGGCAAAUUUAUUGUAUUUGAAUGUAGUAAUUAUUUAAUGACAGAUAUGGUAGUUAUUAACAAUUAAGUUUUGGAAUGCAGGGAUUGGCUAUUUUUCCAUUACUAGCAAAUGAUGAUUGAGGCCUCUCUUUUGGUAGUGCCACUGAGGGGUUUGAUUUGGAUUGGAGCUGGUGUGUCUGAAUGUUGCCAUAUUUAGUUGUGGAAA